UCGAUCUAGGGCUACAGCUGUUUCGUUGGCGCGGCGGCGGAAAGGCGCGCUUCGAGGAUCUGGGAGCUCCGAUCGGCUGCAAUGGCGGCGCGCCAUCAGGCAGUGGUGCCAUCGCGAUCAUCGUCGGGUGACGACAGCCUGUGGGCACGGGUGAGCAACAAGGUCGUGCAAUCGUCGCUGUACCACAAGUCGAAGCGCGCGUUGUCCAGCGCCUCGUACGCCAGCAAGAAGCUCAUGUUUAGCACCGGCAAGGCCGCCUGGAUCGCGGGGACGACGCUGCUGGUUUUCGUGGUGCCGCUCAUCAUCGAGGUGGACAAGGAGCAGCAGCUCGCGGAGCUCGAGUCGCAACAGGCAACGCUGCUCGGUGGCGCUCCCCAGCAGCCCGGACCACCGUGAAUGAGGCACGAAAUGCGAGAGAGUUUUCAGUUUUCGCUGUAAAGAAAGGAGAGAAAGUGACUUGGCAAAGGUUUGUAGUGCGCAGGUCUUCCCGAGGCAUAGUAGAAGUCUAGAGCAUCCGAGGUGUAGUUUGUCCCUGUGCUUUUCUCAUACAGCUCUUCCGUGUGAUUGAUUCAGUGUGCACUGGACUCCGCAUUUCCUGCGGGGUGGUCCUUUCCUUUUGACAAGUUCAACGCAAUAGUGUUAAUCUCUAGUGGCCGGCAGCAGCAAUCGCAUCUCCAAAACAUGCGAAGUUCUUCCUGCCGUUUGCGCAACUUGCCUGGUAGGCUGGUACACCAAUAUUCCCAAUUUGCUCUUUCGGGCCGGAAAAGUAUGGAAAAGUACCACAUACACAGAACAAUAAGAGUGAUGGACCAAACGAGCAGAAAGAAGAGAAAGCAAGAGAUUCCAAAGAACCAUUAUACCUUGGAAAUAGCAUCUCGUUUAUCCCUCAUGGCUCAA